AUGGUUCAAUUUUUUGUCUGCUUUGACAUCACCGGCGACAUCGGCUUCGGGAAGUCCUUCCAUUGUCUCGACGAUGUCCAAUAUUAUGAAUGGAUGAGCUUCAUGCUCGACACCAUCAAAGCCAACUAUCUGUGUAUAAGCCUUCGGCAUUAUCUGCUACUUUUCAGGUAUCUCAUGUGGCUGAUUCCUGAAAGCGUGAAGCAGCAGCAGCAGCAGCAGAAUCACUACCGUAAUGCGGUAGAUGAAGCUAACAGGUGCCUUGAGCUCAAGGUUAAGAGACCCGACUUCAUCUCGUCGAUGGGGAGCCUUCUGAUUAUUGUGGACAGUGAGACAACUGGCACUGUCUUUGCUGGAAUCACGAACCAUCUUCUGCAGGCCCCUACCUCGCUGCGAAGACUUUCGGACGAGCUACGUUCCUGCUUCAAUGAAGAGAAGGACCUGUCGUUCACAGCCCUCAAAAGACAUCAGUACCUCAACGCCGUAAUCAACGAAGGUCUGCGCAUGUGCAAUCCGAAGUUAGACGCCCGGAGAACACCCUAG